UGGGUGGAAGCUCCUUGCUUGUCGAAAGAUGUGGUUGGGGCAUUUUGUUCUCUUGCGAUGGCAACACCAUGUAUAGCCAUGUGAGUUUCAUAUGAUAUCAUUUUGGCUUAAGCGCUCAAGCGCAUCCCAGCCACAGGUUAAUUUGCUACAUUCCUAUGUGCUGACCAUUUGGAUCCGUGUCAUUUCUGUCCAGAUACAGGCACCGAGGGGCAAUGGCGGCGGCCGCGGCAUGCCUACAGUGCUUGCUACUUUUUUUGUGUCAAGUGGCCACAACAGUGAACGUGGAAUCCCAGGAGAUUGCAAUAUCAGCUGAUGGCAGCACGGAGGAGCUCGCCAAAGAGGCUGACUUGGAGGACCAGGGCCUCUCGGCUUUUGCGGAGCUGGAGAAUUUGGACUUCAAGGUUCACAGAGGCACCGGUGAGCUAUCAGCCGACUCUGUGCUGAGGAUUGGUGAGAGCGAGAGUGGCAUUUGGUCCUUUGUGAAUUUGGGUGCCGAGCAAAGCCAGGAACUCAUGGAUCAGAGUGAGCUUAUUUCUAUGGCCGCUGGCACCUCUGGUCUUGGCGCCAAGAGGUCCUACAGGUCAGUCACAGCGAUCGUUGGAUCGUCUGGUGGAAAGGUCGCAGAAUGGAGCAACCUGGCUUUGGCUGGAAGGAGUUUUAUGGGUUUGUUCCGGAACGCUUCCGCCACCUCGCCUGGUCGCUUCAAGAUCUAUGCCUUGGAACCUGCACAGGUGAGCAUCACCACCAUGAGAACCUCCGAGGUCAAGGCUCAAGUCCUCGGUCGGAACGAGAUCCAGACCUUCGCGACUGAAGACAAUGAUGUCGUUCAGCUCUCAAGCACAGGCGACGUCAUUGUGCAAUCGAUGGAAGAGUCUGCAGACUUCCUGCAGCUGGCACCUGUGGAUGAGGCCAUCUACGGAUAUUGCCACGAGCUGUGUGCAAUUAUGGCCUUUGAUCGUGAGGCAAGCCUAUUGACCGAAGAAUGCGCAGAUGGAAGUACGAGAAGCUAUGAUAAGAGCAGCAUGAUCGAAGAGACCUAUUGGAGCGUCACGGUCGGCAAAGCGUGCCGCUGGCGCAGCUCAGAUGGCUCUAAGAUCGCUGGGACGUCCCGAUCAGAUGGACCAAACCGAGUCUCCAUCUCCUUGUUGCCAGCGAUCUAUUUUCAGGAGACAACGCUCUUCCCUUUGGCCUUGCAAUCUGUGAAGUUCAUUGGCACAGAGCCAACCACUUGCCAGGUGGAUGGCCACGAGUUCACUCUCUCAGGGAGCAACUCUGUCUACAGCGCCGAGCUGGACCAAGUCACAGCGAAGUCCUCUGCACUGUGCGACAAAGCUGUCAUGGUCCUAGGACUGGCUCCAGGUAUGGCGGAUACCGUGCAGCUUUUGACAGUGUCAUCCAAUCAGCCAGCUGCGUACACGAAGCUGGGCAAUGGUCUUUGUGAAAGCAACGACCGAUUUAACAAGUUCACCCUGGAGGAGGAGUAUCCGUAUCUCACAGAGGAGAAGCUCUUGGACUGGAAGCUAAUCACUACCCGAGAGCAGCCAGGCAUUUGCAAUGUGGAGUCGGUAGAUGAGUGCUUUCAUCUCUGCUCCAUCGUAAGUGAUUGCAAGUUCUUUGCCACACACUUUGCAGUGAACUGCAAAGCCUGCUUGCUAUACAAGAAUUGUGGAAAGCGAGGGCAGUCACUUAUGCAGGAUGACGAAGGCAACGAAGGGGACAGCGGAGACUCUGGCACCGAGCUGCAGAUGUACGACAUUUUCCAGGUGGAGGAAUCGGACUUGAGGGUGCAAGGGAAUGCAGCGAAGAACCUGGUAACGAACCCAUCCUUCAACGAUGGCAAGAAUGGAUGGACCGAGGAGUGUCCGCCCAUGAUGUACAACGGCAAGAACCUCACCUACAGCUGCAAGAACGAGGGGGUCUCAAACGGCGUGUCCAAGGCGGUUGGAGGCGACUCCACGGCGUAUCAUAUCAAGGGGAACUGCUGGGAAGGUUCCAGAGGUGGCGUAUACCAAGACAUCAAGACGGAGAUAGGCUACACGUAUGAACUUACCUUCAGAGUGAUUGAUGGAUGGUUCAGCAAAAAGAACUCAAAAGAAGAAAAGAGCUGGGUGGAGGUGCAAAGCCCGCCGGGUGAGACGCCUGUCAUGGAUGAGACGGUGAGGACAUCGGCCUCACUGAAGGAGCCUCAGCAGGGUCAAUGGCAGACGAAAGGCCCAUUCAAGUUUGUAGCUCUUGCAACAACCUCUCGUAUUUUUUUCUACAGCGGUGGCACAGCUUGUACCAACAUCGAUGAUGUCGCGGUCAGGAAGACCAAGGACCCCAAACUCGUGGUCUUCUCCUUCUCAACCCUGGUGGAAGAGAAGCGCUGGAUUGUUACGAAGGGCUCCUUCGUGGAUGCAGAGAACAAGACCGACGGCAGCUCCAUCCGCGCACUCAAAAAGAACGUUGUGGUCAUGAAGCCAUCAGAGGCAGCCGGGGACAAUGGACAGACCGAGGGUGAAAACGACAUGGACAUCAAUACCCGUGACUUGACCGGGGGUGGCUGCUCACGGGUCUCUGGCUUUGUCAGGUAUGUACCACAGCCCCUUUACCAGUACGACGACAAUGAAGUGAACAACGGCAGCCUUCUCAGCAGUGUCCAGUUCGAAAUCCAAGAGCCCAUCGGCCAGCGUGUUGGACCAGCUUACCAGGUUGGCGUUACUGGCAGUGUGCUGAACGCGGUGCUGGAUCCUUCACCAGAGAACAUCCGCUUGAGGGUGAAGGUCGAGCCCACGUCCGAAGAAGCCUCAGAAGCUCGUCUUACUUACACGUUGGAAUUGCAGCUUUACUUCUUGUGCAAGGGCGGAGGUGACUCGAGAAACGACUGGAAGCUCAACACCUACGAAUACUCAGGCAACGAUGGUUUGUGCAUCUCUUUGGCCGCGCGUGAUUCUGUGGGGAUGGGCUGCCAUGAGGUAACAUGCAGGCAGAACCCCACCUCCGAUGCCAGCCUACAGCCCUGCAAUGAGGAGGACUGGGCGCAGAACUUCUACCCUGACGGCCGCCUGAUGCGCAGCGCAUCGCCAGCCGACCGGUGCCUUGCGGUAGACUACACCAUGGUGAAGUCCGCUGGGAACUGCAAGCCCAUCACGCUGAAGCUUUGUGACGAGUCCGAUCCGGGGCAACGGUGGACCAUCAAGGGCGGAAGCUCUCCGCAGGAUGUGGCAGAGCUUCGAAUGGAGGAUGGCCUUGUAGCUUCCGUCCCAAAGGCGGCCUCAGAGCUUGCUACCUUCGAUAUGAAGGUGGAGGCCUGCAAAGAGCAGGAUGUCUCCCGAGUGAAGGGUUGGAACCAAAUCAAGUCUCCGAUGGUGGCAAACCUGGUGAUGGCGCACGAACUAAGCACCAAUUUCACUCAGAGGGUCUUCGGAGGCGGAAUCCGGCUGGUGACCAGCAUUUGGGCUGAGGCUAUUUGCCCAUGGUUCUUCAAUCCGCCUAUCCACACUGACAGCAAGCUAAUAAAAUGCUAUACAACCAGCUGUGUGACCCUGAGGAGGAUGGUGAGAACUGCUGUGCUGCAAAGGGUGGCACCUUCAUGUGUUCGCAGUCGUUCCCCUACAUGUGCAAAGCCAAGAAGAAUGGCAAGGACCCCUCGGACUACUUCUGCGUCAAAGAAAAUGCUGACUGUGAACAGUAUGAUGGUCGUCGACCCUGCGAGGGCCCUCCUGGCAAACCUGGCAGUGAAGGCGAGGUUGGCGAGGAAGGAGAACCUGGCGAGGAUGGCAUUGAAGGACCUGCAGGGUUUGUCUCAGACCUGGCGGUGCCUGUGCCUACAGGGGCACACCACUUGCUCUCACAGCCGGCCACCAAUGUAGAGGUCUUGAGUGCCCUCAUUGUGAAUGGUGGCAUGGCUUUUCUCGUCUUCCGAAGCCUCAAGGCCAAGAUUCGAGAGAAGUUUGAAGGUAAGGCUUCAGCAGCUUCAGUUGCUCCAAGGAGUUGAUUGUUCGUGAUGGCUCGACCGAUGUGGAAAAAGGAAAAAGACGCAGUGAAAGUUUGAGCACAAUGAACAAAGGGCAUCGCUACUAGGAGCAAGGAUGCUACUAGGGGCUCCUGGCCUUACUAGGAGCAAGAAGCUACAGUUGUCACAGCAUUUGAAGCGCUGCUCGGAUAGUCAGAGCACCUUCGAGCGUGUGCAGUACAGUUUGGAUUCGAGACUCGGGA